UCUGUUUGUAACUGACUCCCUGUAACGCUAGCAAUCUGAAUCAGUAUUACUUUAUUUCUGUUAAAAUAACUGCUGCCGUAAUAGCCAAUGCUUUACUCUUAACUAGCAUGUCUUUGCUUGAGCCAAAGCGAUUGGCGACAUUACCGGAAACUAAACUUUUUUUCAGAAUUUGUUUAGCUGGAGUGUGUCAAAAAAGGAAAAAGGGCGGCCGCAGAAGAAAUUGUACUUUUUUUUUUUUCAUCUGUAUACUUCCUUAUUUUUAGGGAUUACCUCGGUGCAUCAUGAUAAGAUUUGUUGAAUGGUGAAACAAGGUCGUUAUUUGCAUGUUGUGAAGAAGCAGGCAGUCUUUCAAGUGAUUCGGAGUCGCGGAGUAUAGCGGAUCGCAGUAUCUUAUCAUGGAAGAUGAUGUGGAGAAAACCCUGCAGCAGCCAAAAACUGCAGAAAAAAAAGGCAAAACUGGUUGGUUGAAAAAAUCAACUGGCAGAAUCCUGGGAACUUACAAAGAUCGUUACAUUCACCUCAACAGAACUGAAGUAUUAGUUUAUGAAAAUGAGGAAGAAAAAGACUUAAUUGAAAAAAUUUGCUUGGAUAAUUAUGAUAAGUGUCAUGAACUCCGAAGUACUUUUAAAAAGAAUCGCUUUAUCUUGAUUCGAUGUUUGAAACCUGGAAACAAGGUGCCUGAUAUAAAAUUUCAAGCACAGACUGCAGAAGAGAAGCAGGAAUGGAUUAAAGCAUUUUCUGAAAGCAUCAACAAGGCAAAGAAUAAAAUAUUUGAUGAGGUCAAAGUUGAUGAAAAUUGUUCUUUAGAGCAUGUGACCCGCUCAAGGCCAAAGGUGACUCAGUCACGAAGACCACCAACUAGACUGCAUUUGAAAGAGGUUGCUAUAACUUCAUCUGAAGGUACUUUGAGGCUGAACCUUGAUGAUAAAACAGAUGAUAUCAGCUAUCUUCAGGAAAAUGCUAAUUGCAUUGAGCCCUCUGGUCCCCUUCCUAACACAGUAGCUAAACCUCCUGUACGUCCAUCUAAAGAAGUUACUCUAUUAUUAGUAGAAAAUGAGGACAAAUCAAAAAUGCCUCCUAACAGGGAGGGCAGCAUUCAGGGCAAUAAUCCUGAAGAUGAUAGCAAGCAGCCUAAGAAAAUUUUGAAACCACCUAUGCCUCCUUUAAAAGAUAACAAACCCUGCUUGCAAGUAAAUACAGAGGAAGGGGAAGAUAAGCCUUUGGAAACUGAAGCGACCACUGUGGUUCCUCCAUGUCCACCAAGUAAGGCUCUCAAACCUCUUGCACCACCAGCAGUAGAAGUUACACCAGUGCUGCCAGUGGCUGAAGUAACAACAGAAGAUCUUCCUCUGGAAAAAGACAAAACUGAUAUUGAGCCUUCAUCUCCAGCCAGUGGAGUUCUUGAAUUACAACCAGAUGUCAUAUUAACAAAUAAUCUACAAGCUGAAAAAGAAGAAAAAGCUUGUGAUGAACCCAAGAGUAAAUAUAUGCCUCCUCCAUGUCCACCAAGUAAACAUCUUAAACCCUAUACUGCACCACCAAAAGAAAUCAAUCUCUCAACAGAAAAUACAGAAGAGGAUACCACCGAUACAAUUACAAACAUGUCUGAGUCCUCUCCAACCCCAUUUAGAAAAAUUGUUAAAAAUGAAAACUUGCCUUCUUUAGUUCACAAAACUAAUCCAUCUAUUGAAGAGGCGCCCAAUGAUUUUGAAAGUUUAAAAGCCCCACCACUUUCUGUUAAUGAGAAGGAAUCAACAGAAGAAAAUCUGAGGGAUACCUCUAAAAACAUAGUCACUAAAGAGCCAACUCCCCAGUCUUUGCCUGAUAAAUCAAUAGGUACACCAGUAUCACUGCCUCAAGAGAAUAAACCUAUUAUUGCUUUUCAUGAUGAUGUUUUUCCAGAGAGUGGCAACAAAAUUAUAUAUAAUUCAUCUCCAGGUAUCACAGGGUUCAAGCGUCCACAGCCUCCUUGUAAAAUUAAUAAAUUGUCCAAUAAAACAUUGACAUUUUCAAAUUCCUCUGCACCUCCUUCUAAGCCCGAAAGUCAGUCGAUAGAAGCUGUUCAGACUAUAUCCACACUUCCUAUAUCACCUAAAAAAAGGAUAGUUAGUUCUGAUACUAUUGUAGCCACCAAGGAAGAUGGUAGUGAACCAAGUUCUUCUCAUGUGAAAGAAGAAGUUCCAAAAGAAAAUUCUGAAUAUAAUUUAGGCAAAGCUGUUGCAGGCUUAUCCACAGCAUUGUGUGAAAAUCAGAAGUAUCCAGAAGUAGAAAUAGGAUGUGUAAAUGAUAACAGUCUAACACAUUCUCAGAAGUGCCCUGUUACUACAUCUGCAGAGCAUAAAACAGAAGUUGUUCAAAAUGGCAAACAAACCUUGGCACAGCAAAAAAUGUAUAGUAAGUCAGAGGGACACUUUAAAUCUGGGAUCGGACGACCUAGAUGCUCUUCACUGGGUGACCUUUUAGCAGAGUCAGAUGUCAAGGUGUCUAGUGAAGAACAGAUUGAAAUCAAAGUACAGUCUGGGAAAUAUAACUAUGAUGAUUUGCAGCAACAGCUUAAUUUGGAAUUAUUGGAAACAGGUGAACUUUUGGAGCAAAUUUCCGACAAAAGGUGCCAGUUACAAGGAACUGGCUCUGGUGCUGAGAGUUUACAAAAGACAGGAGAUGCAUCUGCAGAAAAAAUUCUUAAUGAAGCAGUGGAGAAACUUAAAAAGGCCCAAGUGUUUUUGCAGGAAGUGAAGAAUCUGACAGACACUCAAAAUUCAGGCUUGGCAAGUACUAAAGAAAGCAGAAGAAGGAGUAUGUGAAAAAUAAUCACAAGUAAUUUUUGCACGUUUACUUAAGAGCAUGUUAUGCCAGUGCUUCCAGAUAUUUUAAAGUAUUUUUAUAACAAUUAGCUUACAGCUUUUAUUGACAUUUUGCAAAGAAAUAUAAUAAUUUUAUUUACAUUUUCAAUUAAAUACUUGCCAUGUGUUUCUGUGAAAUGGCAUGUUGUAAACUGAAACAUUUAUUUUUGGACUUGAUAUUAAGUACUUAGACACACAGUUUUUGAAAUGAUAAACCAUAUAUAAUCAAUUUUUCUGCACACAUACAUGUGACCUGGCAAUAGUUUAUGGUUUGUGAACAUAUAUUAUAUACUUUUUACUACAAUAUGUAUAAUAUAUUGUAAAAAUGUAAAAACAUUUUCUUGCCUUUCUCAUAUUGUGAUGUAAUGACAUAGUUAUCAAUAAGAUCAAAUAAGAGAUGAGAAGACCUCCAGCAUACAGUACAACAUAUUUAUCCAUCCAUUCACUCACCCGUUAAACUACUGUACUUAGUCCAGAAUGGAUCACACACAGCUGACAGCAGUGUCAUUUGUAAGACAGAAUGCAACCCUGGAUGAGUUGCUAGUCCAUUGUAUUUAAUGAAAGACACCAGCUAACCUGACAUAUAUGUCUUUGGGAUGUGGAGGGAAACCACAAAGAGAUGGGGGAAAUGGGCCAACUCUGUAGGGUAAAGCAUUGAGCCCAGGUUUGAAUUCAGGACUGUAAACCUAUGAGGCAGCACUCCAACUUUUACAUCACACGAUAUUACACAUAAAAAAGCAAAAAUGUGAUGCAGGUUCUUACUAUAAUAAUUACUCUGUCUUACUGCUUGGGAAGGUAUUGACGUCAUAUCACAUUUGUCCAAUUUAGAGUAAAAUGCAUUCAUUCAUUUUUCAAAUCACAUUGUGCAAUAAAGACUCUGAGUUUGAGUUCAAUGUGAAACCAUAUGAAAACUUGACUAGUGAUUGUUGUUUAUAUAACAUAGAUAUCCAAAUAGUGCAUAUAAUUUGAUUAGUAUCUAUAAAGAUCCAUAAAUAUGCACCUUUUGCAUACUUUGAUGUAAGGGAGGUGAUGUAAAAUAAUGUACACCUUAACAUUUAAUUGCCAGUACAAUUUUUCCUAAUUUUAUAAUCCGUUUCCAUGGUGUGUUUUUCUGUUAGAGUCAACUAUAAUGAAAAAAGGAGGAGAUGCUUUUGUAUUUUGUCAUUUUAUUUAUUAUUAUUAUCUUUUUUUAUCUUUUAUAAAAUGUAUUAAACGCAAGUAAUAUUCCAUACAAUCAAGUCAAACUUAAGAAAACUAAUUUCAAUUCAACCCUCACCCAUGGGAAAGAGAGAAAGGCCAGCAGCCAGAGUAAAACUUUUGAGAGUAGUAAAGAAAGAAAGGAGUCUUUUUCCC